AUGUAUGUCGACGACUUGGUCAGCGGAGGAGAAACAGUCGCGAAGGCGAAACAACUCAAAGAAAUCAGUACUGAGAUCUUUGAAGAUGGGACGUUCCAGCUGCACAAGUGGCACUCGAAUGUUCCUGAACUCGAGCAAACUCCCACAACCUCCUCUGUAGAAGAUACGUUCGCCAAGCAACAACUGGGGGCGACGUCAUCCCCAUCAACAAUACUCGGCCUUUCAUGGGACAAAGAUCAAGACGUCAUACAAGUAGAGAUACCUGCUGAGAAAGCUCAGCCAACCAAAAGAGGAAUCCUCGGGAAAAUCGCCAAGAUAUACGACCCCCUCGGAAUAAUCACACCGAUUACACUGCAAGGAAAACUAUUGUAUCGGGAUUGUUGUGAUCGUAAAGUGGCCUGGGACGCGAGAUUGCCAAGUGAUCUGGAAGGGAGAUGGUUGAAAUGGGAGACGAGUCUUCCAAACCACGUGAACGCCCCAAGGAGCUUAGCUCAGUUUCUAGAAAAGAUCGAAGAUGUCAAGCUCCACGCGUUCGGGGAUGCGAGUGGAUACGGAGUCGCGGCGUCGGUAUUCGCGGUGGUUAAACAACAGAGUGGGAUCUCCCAAGGUCUCGUGGCCGCCAAGUCGCGUUUGGCAAAGAAGAACCUGACAAUCCCUCGUUUAGAGUUGGUAUCAGCUCACAUGGCCACUAACUUGGUCCACAACGUUCGAGAAGCGUUGGACGGGUUUCCAGUAAGCCAGGUCUUUGGUUGGUUGGACAGUACAGUGGCCCUGCACUGGAUACGUGGAGGAGGAGAGUUCAAGCAGUUUGUUGGUAAUAGAGUGCGAAAGAUCCAGGAGAAAUCAUACAUUCAGUGGCGACACGUAUCCAGCGAAGAGAAUCCUGCUGACCUGGGUAGCAGAGGAGGGAAAGUCAGCGAGAAAGAGCACCGGUGGAAGGGCCAAAGUGGCUACCUAUCCAAGAUACCUGGCCAAGCGAUAUCGUGA